CACCAUCACCGCCAUUCUGGCUCGGGCAUCUAGCCGUCCCCGUGGCUUCCCUCCCUGCUUUCCCCCCCCUCCCCGCGUGCGCCAUGGUCGUCGCUUCGCGUCUGGCAUGGACUCGGCCGCAGGUCCUGCAGGGCGCCAGCGUUCACUCCUCUGCGGACUACGCGGCCAUGCAGGGGCGCUUCAAGGUGAAGCUGACCAUCGACACAAGCAUGCAGGUGUCGCCGUUCGCUUAGCUUGCAACCCUUGGUCUGGUCGAUCUUCUUCGUCAACUGGUUGGCACUCACCUGACAGUGGAUCGCACGACGCCCCUCUGUGGUUAUCUUCGCGGCCUGUGCCUGGUCCUCCUGCUGAGGAUGACGAUGACGAUAACGGAGCUGGAGGGGCUGACCCUGGUGGCGGAGGUGGGGACAGCCAUGGGUGACGUGAUGAGCCUGACAAGCCUGACCCGUGGCAUGGACUAGGCGGUAGCGACCCUAAGGGUGAAGGCGGCGCUGACGUAUGGCUGUUCUUGGGCGGAUCUGAACGGCCUCGUCGAUGCGAAGAUGGUGGCGGCCCAGCCCCUCGCUUGCCUGGCGUUCCUCGUCUUCCCGAGUUUGCUUGGAACCGAGAUGCACCCGGGUUCAAGCUGCCGCCCAGUGGUGACGUGGAUGUCCUUCUCCAGGAGCUUGUCCCUGGAGUGCUGCGUGGUGUUGCGGGUUCUCUUCUGUGCCCCGGAGUGUUACUUGGUGGUUUUAAUAUACCCGGCACCGUAUCUCCUCGUGAUGUGAAUGCUGGUGGAGAUUAACUUGGAGGUGCAGACCUUCCUGGUGAAGAACUCCUUGGAGUGCUACCUGGUGGUGCGGAUAUUCGGGGUUUGUCGGUUCCUGGGGGCGGGGGGGCUCACGGAGUGCUGCCUGGAGAAGUGGUUCCUUCGGGCGCAGUGCACCAUGGAGUGCUAUUUGGUGGUGCGGAUCUUCCUGGUGCAGCUCGCCCUGGCGGGGGGAGUGGCUCCAGCGGUCUACCUGGCGGUGCGGAUCUUCAUGGUGAGCCUCGCCCUGGGGCAGCGUUCGUUGGCGUACUACCUGGCGGUGCGGAUCUUCAGCGUGAACUGUUUCCUGACGGAGAGGCCGUUUGUAGGGUGCUACCUGGAGGUGCGGAUCUUCCUGGAGGAGGGUUCCCAGGAGGGCUACAUGGCGGUGCGGAUAUUAUUGGUGAAGUUCUUCCUGGACGAGUGGAGGUUUGUGGAGUGCUGCGUGGCUGUGCGGAUCUUCAUAGGUGAAGUGCCAGCUGGUGCUCCCAACGCCUGAGGUGGUCUUUCGGAUGGUCUUCCUUUCGGCCGUGAGCAUGUGCGUGCUGGUGCUGGAGGGCCUGCCGUCGCAAGGUGCAUCCCUGGGCUGGCGGAGCCACUCGCGCUGCUUGGGUCCCAUCACCGUGACGUCGGUAACUAAGGCGCAAGUGACAUUGUCGCGCCUGUUGGGGCGACGGCGAAGAAGCGGAGAAAGGAAAAGAAAUCCACGCCUUCGGCUAAUCAUGAGCUUUCUGCUGCUGAUGGUGAUGGGGUUUUAUACGAAGUCGGUUCCCCUACGUCUUUCGAUAGUAAUAUUGCAGCUGCGGACCUGAGAAUUUCAUAGGCAGACGCGGCAUAACCCACUACACGUUACAAAAAUAUUGCUCCUC